AUGACAACCUCAGAGCUUGCGCCGCCGUCGCUGGCUAGAAGGAACAAGAGGUCGCGGAGGCGUCGUCAAGACAAGCCCGCGAUCGCAGCAAGGCUGAUUCUGGACGAUCACGAUGUGAGGGGCGACGUGGGCAUUCUAUCCGAGGAUCUGUUCACAGACCUUUUCCCCCACCUCCGCGAUGUGCCCUCUCGUGAAGAUGGCUCCGAGGCCAUCCGCCAUGUCGCCAUCGCUCCCUGGGAGCCGACCCCAUCUCCGACCGAAACCGCCUGGACGGUGGUGCCCGUAGUCAAAUCCUCGGCUCUCAAACACUCGACCGUCCAAUUCUCGCCCUCGUCCUUGUCUCUACAGAACUUUGCGACUAUUCUCCAGCAAGUUGCGCCGUCGAAGCUCUCGAGUAACAGUCGUAGCGGCAUCGAAAUACAGAUAUUAGACGUGGUUGCACUGUCGUUGGACACAGUAUACGUCAGCCUCGAGAGCGAAUUGACGAAGCGCUUGGAACAAGGCGAGGGACCUUUUACCGCGACCAUCCAAGUAACGUCAAUGGCAAAGGUCACACCGUUCCAGAAACUCCCGAAGCUCGUCUUAUCUCGUCCCUGCGCUUUAAGGGUCCUUCACUCUGGUGACCUCUUCCCACUCCCUCUACCACCGCACCCAGUCACUCAUAUCCCGCCGAAUCCCGGAAAGAUCAUGCUGUGCGAGCCUGUGAGUCAAGGAAUUCUGUCCGAGACCACAAAGAUCGUCUUGAUGCGAGGGCGGGUACAUGCGAAGCGCGGCCAAGCCGCUCCCUCAAUCCCCCCAAACCGGAGCCUGAACGGUGUUCCCGAGGAUGAGGAGGAGGAUACUGCCAAUGAUCAGUUCUUCUCGGCUGCAGAAGAUAGGUACAAGACGGACGCUGCGAAUACCGAGAUAGACUCCGUGACUGAGACUGAGGAGUCGGAGCUUUCUGGCGUCGACCAAGAUGACGAUCUCUCCGACGACUCCAUGGAUGACAUGAUUUCUCUGCAGGCACCGACACUACCUACGACGGCUGCAAGUGGCGUGUCUACAAUGCAGCCAGGAACCCCGAUGACGGUUGGAAGAGGAAAGAAAACCAACGGCAUUGCAACACCUGCCUCCGUCUUUUCCAACUAUACCGCAACUACCGCUCGUCCAGACCGACCUAGGGGCCGACUCUUUAGAGCUCAGGGGCUGGUUCGAACCAUUCCCGUGGACCUUCUUCACCCGAAGCCGGCGCCGGAGGACGAUGAUGAGGCAAGGGUUUUUGUAGACAUUGCCUCCCUAUCCAAGAUUGGUUGCUUCUCCGGAGACUGGGUCCGCGUCGAGGCUGCCGAGGAACCUCCUGCCAACGGGUUCGGCGCCUUCGGACUCGGAAGCUUCACAUCACUAGAGCCGGUUGAAUCCAGUUGGCGCCCGGUGAGGGUCUACGGUCUUCCGGAGGGGUACUCUCAGCGCCCAGUCACGCGGAUACCAAGUGCAAAGCAUGGCGAGCGCAGAUUGUCUUUUUUCGAUUCCCAACUCCAGAAGCCGACCAGCCCAACAGCCUACAUUUCCCCAAUCCUAUUGGCCAAUCUUGAGGAACCGUCGUAUCUCCGGCUGUCACCUAUCAAACGCGGAACGUAUCAAGGAAAGGGAACUCUUCCUAAAUUCACGAGCGCCUCACGGCCUCCGUACGCUCGCGACAUCACUAUUCAGCACGUCCGGUCACCAGUGACUGCAGAACGAGCUUACCAAUCGGCGGUUCUGGGCGGUCUCAAGCGUUACUUUGCCCAGAAGAUCCGACUUGUACGGACAGGAGAUCUUAUCGCCGUGCCUAUUGACACACAAUUGGGCAAAGCGCUCCAAGAGCAACCCAGCGGAAGCAACGGGUCUGAGGUGGAUGACGUGAUGGCUUUGUCAAAGGAAGGGUCGGCAAGGUUUGAUCAAGUGGCCUGGUUCAAGGUUGGCCACAUUCAGAUGUCGAAAUCUGAUGCCGACAACGACCAGUCUGAAGAGCUGUGGGGAGGGGUGGCAUGCAUCGACAGCUCUUCUGUCGCGAUGCACGGCUCCGGCUUUGCCACACACCGCAUACCUGCAACCAAAUCCAACACAUGGCCUUAUUAUCUUGGGGUCAAGAAGAUGCCCACAAAAGCACCGAGUGCUUCGGCACUGACGCUCCCUGACCAGGACCAGCGCUACAUCUCGCCUCUCAGAAGACGUUUGCGGGAGUUGCUUGCUGCUGCCACCAGUCCCAGAGCAAUACACCUGAAGAUGCCGCCAGUUGCCAUUCUUGUUACUGCCACGCACCGCAAUAUAGGCAAAGCAACUGUAGCAUCGGAAGCCUGCUCCGACAUUGGCCUGCACACGUACUCGAUUGACGCAUACGACAUCCUCAGUGAGGCAGGAACCAGCGGCAGUGAUGUUAAGACGGAAGGUCUCCUGCGGACUAGGGCCGAAAGAGCGAUGAGCUGUGGCCCAGAAACGACCGCUCUGCUGAUCAGGCACAUCGAAGCGUUGACGGCCGACCGCAUGGUGUCGACCAUGCGAGAAGUUUUGCAGGACACGAGGGUGCUGAUUGCCACUACCAGCGAUGUCGACAAGGUCCCAGAUGGAGUCCGUGGUCUUUUUAGCCACGAGCUUGAGAUGGGUGCCCCUGACGAAGCUGAGCGUGAAGGCAUUCUCAGGGCUAUUAUCGAGGAUCGGGGCAUCAACCUCGAUCCCGAAGUAGACCUCAACGGCGUGGCUCUCAAGACUGCUGCGUUGGUGGCCGGUGACCUAGUGGACGUGGUGGAUCGAGCGCUCAUCGCACAGCGACUGCGGCUGGAGCAGAUAUCAUCGAAGACAGAAGCCACCGGCCAGGCCGUCACGGUGCGGGACCUUCAGGUAGCCGGUGGGCCGAUGGCUCGAUGUGUCACCAAGGGCGACUUCGAGGUCGCUGUCGAGGCCGCACGAAAGAACUUUGCAGGCGCCAUCGGAGCUCCCAAGAUUCCGAACGUCACAUGGGAUGACGUGGGCGGCCUGAACAACGUCAAGGAUGCCGUGACGGAAACCAUCCAGUUGCCCCUGGAGAGACCCGAGCUUUUCGCCAAGGGCAUGAAGAAGAGGUCCGGUAUCCUCUUUUACGGACCCCCGGGAACCGGGAAGACACUACUGGCCAAGGCGAUCGCGACGGAGUACAGCCUCAACUUCUUUAGCGUCAAGGGCCCCGAGCUGCUGAACAUGUACAUCGGAGAGUCCGAGGCCAACGUCAGACGCGUCUUCCAACGUGCCCGCGACGCGCGCCCUUGCGUUGUCUUUUUCGAUGAACUGGAUUCCGUCGCGCCGAAGCGCGGAAACCAGGGAGACAGCGGCGGCGUCAUGGACCGUAUCGUCUCGCAGCUGCUCGCCGAGCUCGACGGCAUGUCGGGCGGGGACGAUACGAGCGGCGGCGUCUUCGUCAUCGGCGCUACGAACCGGCCGGAUCUGCUCGACGCCGCCCUGCUCCGUCCCGGGCGCUUCGACAAGAUGCUCUACCUCGGCGUGUCCGAUACCCACGACAAGCAGCUCACCAUCCUGGAAGCCCUCACGAGAAAGUUCACCCUCCACCCCUCGGUCUCCCUGCAGUCCGUCGCCCAGCGGCUCCCCUUCACCUACACGGGUGCCGACUUCUACGCCCUCUGCAGCGACGCAAUGCUCAAGGCCGUCACGCGGCAGGCGGCGGCCGUCGACGCCAAGAUUCGCGACAUCAACGCCGCUCGCGCGCCGUCGCGCCCGCCCAUCUCGACGGCCUACUUCUUCGACCACCACGCCACGCCCGACGACAUCGCCGUCAUGGUCACCGAGGAGGACUUUAUGCGGGCGCACGAGGAGCUCGUGCCGAGUGUCAGCGCCGGCGAGCUGGCGCACUACGAGAGGGUGAGGGCGAGCUUUGAGGGGUCGCCCGACAAGGACAAGCAGGCACAGCUGCAACGGCCCGCCGCGGGGGCCGUCAGGGCCGUGUCCGGGUCCUCGGUCGUGUCGAGGGGCAGUUCCAAGGGCAAAGGCAAGGCUUUUGCGGCGUCCUCCAAGGGGAAGGGCAAGGCCGUGGCGCUGGGCAGUGACGACGACUACGAAUCCGAGGGUGAGGUCGCGGUAACGAAUGGAAAGGGUAAGGGCAAGGGAAAGGCUGUUGCGGGAUUCCAGGAUGGCACGGCGAGUGAUGACGAGGGUCUGUAUUAA